AUGGCCUCAGCUUCCGAGCAGCCUGCACCUCCUGAAGUUCCAACAUCCAAGCCAGUGAUUACCAAGCCUCAACGACGGCCAAAGAGACCUAAUUAUAACCAUAUCCAUCGACAUCUUCUCCCUCUCGAAGUAUAUCCUUUGCCCGUCCUCAUCCCUCACAAUCCGCUUUCACUAGUCGCAAUCGCCCUCUCGUACCUAGCUCAAGCUAUUGCCCCGCCACGUCGACCAACCUACGAUGGUUACUUUUCCUCAGCAACAUCAUCCAUACACGUAACCGACCCAGACACAAUCUGCAAGCUUUGGGAAAUGGGCUUCUUCGGCAGAGGGAGUCUCAGUCGGAGUGAGCCAAAUUGGUUGGAGAACAGAAAAAUGAAGGGUAAGACGGCUGAGGAGAACACUGCAGCGAGGCGAGAGCAGCGCAGGCAGUUAAAGCAUGAACGAGCGAGAAAAGAACAGGAAGAGAUUGACCAUAAGCUUUCCGAGGAAUCGCAGCAGGGGCAUAAUGCCCGUGGCCAGGUAGACGGUACCAACGGACAUGUAUCACCGAACAAGCCUGAGCAGAAUGGCCGUCUGAACGAGCACUCAAAUCGGAUACCGGACGAGCAAAUGACUAUAAGUGAACGUCCACAACCCGCUGAGAUCAACGAACACAUCAACAGUAUUUCCAGGUUCAACGUUCUCAAGAACAAUGUGCAGAAUAUAAGCAACAUCGAUGGCGUGCUUGAGUCGGCUAGCGGCACCGCGACGCCCACGCCCGACGAUGACAAAUUAAAUGGGUCAAUAGAAGGGUUCGAAGAGUGGAGAAAAGCAGUCGAGACGAAUGGGCUGCCAACCCCUCCACCAACCUCGACGUGUUCGGAGACCAGUCAAGUUGACGCCCGACCCUCGGAACGCUUACGACGGACCAAGACAGUUCACUUCUCGCCAACUGUUGAGGCUAGAGAAUUCGAUCUGACCUCUCCAGUAAUCUCACCCAUCAAGUCCCCGGGUACCUCGCCCCUGGAAGAUGCAAAGCCGGUACCAGAAGCUCCCGUCGAGCAAGAAAAUCAAGAACACCUGAGCAUAUCCCUAGAAGAAGCAUUUUUUCUGUCCUACGGCUUAGGCGUGCUCAACGUAUAUUGUGAUGACAGCACCACCACCCUGCCGCCGACGUCGCUUCUUUCACUGUUCCGGAGACACUCAUAUCAUCCCCCACGAUCACUCUCCCUGCCCGCGGAGCCAGACGAUCCUUUCAUGAUUUCAUACGCUGUCUACCACCACUACCGCUCUCUGGGUUGGGUUGUGCGCUCCGGGGUGAAAUUCUCUACAGAUUACCUCUUAUACAACCGCGGGCCUGCGUUUUAUCACGCCGAGUUUGCAGUCGUCAUUGUUCCUUCAUAUACACAUCGAUAUUGGACCGAAUCGACAACCCCGGAAGAAAGAAAAGCGAUCGAACGGAAGAUGACCAAGAAAAACUGGUGGUGGCUGCAUGGAGUAAAUCGGGUACAAGCUCAGGUUCAUAAACAGCUGGUGCUGUGUUAUGUGGAUAUUCCGCCCCCGCUAAAAGGUGAGGCUAACCACAUAGCCAAGGUCAAGGAUGUUGAUAUCGGCGUGUUACUCUCGAAGUACAAAAUAAGGGAUGUCAAUGUCCGGAGGUGGACUCCGAACCGGAGCAGGGAUUGA